UUCCAGCAAAGUAGCAAACGCCACUUUCUUUGGAUUUCACAGAUUACUCCUAAAGUGGAAGGGCAGCAUCUACAAAUUGCUGUACAGAGAAUUUAUUGUUUUUGCUACUCUUUACACAGCGAUAAGUGUAUUAUACAGGUACACUCUUUCCGAUUCACAUCUCCUUAAAUGUUAUGUUGAAGUUUCACACUUCAUAGCAUUAGGCUGAGGGAUGACUGUUUGAGGGGGAGGUUACUACAUAAUUAUGAUCUUUUCUUCGGACCUUUUAUAAUGCCCUUUCAUUUCCACAUUUACUUUAAUAUUCCAGAGAAAGCAUGUAGGGUAUAAAUAAAAUAUUCUCUAACUACCAUAUUCAACUGACUCUGCUUUCAGCCCUGUGCCAGUGUUGACCAACAGCUCAACUGAUGUUAGGCCAAGUAAAAACCCAGAGCUAGCCUACGUUACACGGCUUCUGCCAUUCUGACUUGGCAAUGCUGAGGCGUGCUUCUCAGCUUGAAAUGAUAAGUAUAGAUCUUCCGUCCUACUUGCAGAACAUGUCUUCAGUUGCUCAGUGGCAGUUUUGUAGAAAACUCUGAAAGGUAAUAAUUUGAGGGCCAGUUAAUAUAGUCUUUUCUCAGGAAAAGUGAAGCUUUGCUUAAAGUAAGGGCAACAUGACAAACUUUAUUUUUAUGGACCUAAGCUUGCAAAACUAAGGGCUCAGCCUGUUGGCCGAGCAUAACCACAUGGAAAAUAGAAGUGAUCUGUCUGUCACAAGUAUAUACGCAAGUACCUGUGUGUAACACAGCACCUGUGAGGGUCAAGUUAGAAGGAAAAUUACUUCCUCCGCCAAGAUGUAAAUUAAACACCGAUAUGACAGAAGCAAUGCAUCAAUUAGUAUAUUGAAUGCUUUAACUGAUGAAGUACACUACACAUAGGUAUCAAAAUCAAUGAUUCAGCUCUUACCUUGAUCUGCAAUUCGAGCUCAAUGUUUUCUUGUUAUGUGGAACAAAGAGAAAAUUAAUUCAGUUCCUCAGUGAUUAAUCACUAACUUUCCAAAAUGUUCAGUAGUCUAUACCUGUAAACUCAGAAAUAAGAUUACAGCACUAAUAUAUAAAGGAGUACAAAUCCAAAAUCUAGUUAGGCAAUUAAAGAAUGUAGUAAAUACACCGUUGAAAGCAUUCCAUAUGCCCUGCAGAUUUUAUUACACAAUUGUAAGCAAAGCACACCAAAUAUUUGUCAUGUAUAACUUUUAAAUGAAAUCAAAGAAUACCUGUAAUACAUCUACAAAUAAAAUAAUUGUUUGUAUUUAAGCUUGUUGUAUUUCAUUAGAUACCUUUCUCCUUGGGAAGAAGCUGCUGUGCUCCACUCAUGUUUUCUAACAUCUGGUGAAUAUUUUUCUCACUACAAAAUAAAUGCAGUUGUUGAGUUUUUUCACCUUAGGGAUAGGACAAAUUUCUUAGGAGUAAGAGCGAAAACUGCUGCAGCGAUGUAGCGUUUUCAAAUAACAGCAGGUACAGAUCAGUAACCCUUGCAAUUCAGGCAGACCUGAGCAUUUUUAUUAAGUAGCCCUCUGAAAAAUGAGAGCAAGCUCCACUUGCGGGGUUAUUUCUUACUAACAUUGCUGGUCUAUAUGAGAUAGCAUGCUAAUUCCAAAGGUGUAUUGAUUCUAGUUUGUAGUGCCAGUCCCAUUAGUCAUGAGAAAACUGCAAAGACCAGAAAAUAAUAUUGCCUUCUCCUCCAGCUUAUUACAUGCUACGAGUGUUCAUCACUUUACCUUUAACAAUUCACUUGAAGACAUUAGCCAAGGUUGCUCCCGAUUGCACAUAUAUGAUUCUUUAUAUUUGUUUGCACUCUGUAGCUAGUGCCAGAAUAUUAUGAAAGGACAUAUAUAUUUUAUUUUUGCUGCAGAUUUUUUCUUACAGGAAGCCAAAAACGGUUCUUUGAAAAAUUAUCAAUUUACUGUGACAAAUAUGCUGAACAAAUCCCUGUAACUUUUGUGCUUGCUGUGUUCAGGGAAGAGACGAAUAUGGCCGCUUGAUAAGAAGGACUCUAAUGCGCUAUGUGAAUUUGACGUCUCUGCUCAUCUUCCGCUCCGUGAGCACCGCCGUCUACAAAAGGUUUCCCACCAUGGACCACGUGGUAGGAGCAGGUUUUAUGACAAGAUAUGAAAGAAAAAUAUUUGAUGAUCUUAAGUCUCCCCAUCUUAAAUACUGGGUUCCGUUUGUCUGGUUUGGAAAUUUGGCAUCAAAGGCACGAAAAGAAGGUAGAAUUCGAGACAGCGUAGAUCUGCAGACGCUGCUGAACGAGAUGAAUAAGUACCGGUCUUGGUGUAGUCUUUUGUUUGGUUAUGACUGGGUUGGAAUUCCGCUGGUCUACACACAGGUUGUUACUCUUGCAGUCUAUACUUUUUUCUUUGCCUGCCUGAUAGGGCGUCAAUUUUUGGAUACUGACCAAGGGUAUCAGGGACAUGACUUAGAUCUUUACAUUCCAAUCUUCACCCUGUUACAGUUCUUCUUCUACGCAGGAUGGCUCAAGGUGGCUGAGCAACUUAUUAACCCGUUUGGAGAAGAUGAUGAUGAUUUUGAAACUAAUUGGUGCAUCGAUAGAAAUUUACAGGUCUCACUGCUGGCGGUGGACGAGAUGCACAUGAACUUACCAAGGAUGGAGAAAGAUAUUUACUGGAACGACUCCUCUGCCCGGCCGCCCUACACCAAAGCAGCCGCCGAUUACUGCAUUCCCUCGUUCCUCGGCUCGACUAUCGAAAUGGGGCUGGCUGAUACAGAGUUCCUCUACGGGGAGGAGUGGCCAUGGGAAGAGGAGAAACACAGAAGACAACAUUCGGUGCUGAGAAGAGUUAAGAGAUUUCUCAGUGUCCAUGAGAGUCCUUCAUCCCCUGCUCACCGGCGCUACAAUCGGCAGACAAGUGAGAAUUCAGUGUUUUUCCCAGCAGAUGAAAAGGGGCACAUCAGACAUUUGCAAGAAAUGCACACGAGAGGGAGACAUUCUGCCUCCAGCUUCAAGAAGAAACAUGAAGGACCUGACAGAAGUAAUAAACUUCAUAGCAGCAGAGAUCUAGGACCUAUAACAGAAACCUCUAGGAAUGAGGCACAGUUUAGCGACAGCGACAGCUCAUCCGAGACAAACAAGCCGGUUCCCGAGGCUGUCAUCACUGAAGCUGCGGAGAAGGCACCUAACAUGCUGGGCAAAUCAAAUCUGCAAACCAACUGCACUACAAGCGUGCCAGAAGAAGAAAAGCUCCAAGGGAAUCCAUCUGAGAUGGAUGUGACUCUUCUGCAUCUUCCGCUUGCCCCUCCAGAAACGUCUACAUACCACCCUAACUCUGAGACACAUCAGUCACUUCCUAGUGUGAUAGGGGAGCCCAAACAUGACACGCACAGUAGUAGUAUAGCAGGUUUCAUAAGACAGCAUGACAGAAGCCCUGAGCGAUGGAGUUUACCAAGUUUCCACAGUCAUAGUACGAUGUUAAAUGCCGACUCUGCACCUCCUUUAGCAGAUUCUGGGGCAACGUCACAGCAAAGGACCUUAAGUGAUGGAAAAGAUGUUCCUACUGCUGCUGCUCCAGAUACAUCAGAAAUGCAUCACUUAUUGGAACACCUGGAUGCUAAAGAAACAGCUAUAGUAGAAUUUUCUAAUGAGAAAAGUGAAAGAAAUCUUUGACUGUGCUUCCUCUGAGUCUGACUGAACUUCCUGUCUUUUCUUGAAAGUGGUUCUCACACAGAUUUUUCGAAAAUACAGAAUGGCAGACACAAUGCUCAGACAAGUCCUGAGCAAAUCCAGCAGGAUUUGGGCACCUAAAUAUGAAGCGUUACGGUGACUUGCUUUAAGGCAUCUGGUCACUGGCUUGAAAUCUCUGACCCUUUGGGGAACACUUUUACGGGGAGAACUGGGAGCCUCAGGAGCAGAUGCAAACCCGCCAGCACAUGCGGUAGUGAGCUGCAUAGGCUCACCUAAAGGAAACAUGGGCGUUAUCAAAAAAGCAGAGGUGGCCCUACGUGCUUUGGCUUCAGCCUGGACACAGGCACCACUGGCUGCUCUGUCAGGCUAAGGUUCAUAAUAUUCUUUUAUAGGAUCCACCAACAGUUUUGGUCUCUAGUCAAGUGGCUAGAGGGGAGAUGUGGGCUCAAUUCCCUCCCCAGCCUGGAGAGAUUUAACAUCCUCAUCCCCCACCGUCCCAAGGAACGCCCGGAAAAUCAGGCUUCUCACUUAUGUGGGGUGAGAGUCUGCUCCUCUCCUUCUGAAGCUAUGCCACUACACAGUGAAAACAAACAAAAAAAGGAUUAAAUAUUUAGCUUCACUAGGAAAAAUGGAGGAGACAGAACUGCUGAUGACCUGGGCACGGGAGCCAGCUUAAGGUCUCUGCUCCUAGGAGUGUGUACGUUGUUUACCCCGUGGCUGUUUACAGUGAAAUGGCAUUCCCAGGCAGCCUCCCUGGUGAUGGUGGUGCCAUGGUGCUCUCCCAAGAGGUGGGAGAAGUGAGGAAGACCCGAGCCAAGGGCUCUGCUCUCAUGGGUGGGUGUUACACCAGGGCUUUUCAGGUGGCAGCCCACAGGCUACAGUCAUCCUGCAGGAGACAACCAAAUGGCCUGCUGACUGCUAACAGAAAUUGCUCUCCACUUCCUUCCCUCACUCCCUGUUCCCACACUGCCCAGACAUCCCACACACAUUAAUGCAAACCUGAAACAGCAGUACGUGGCUCCCACUGCUCCUGGGGUGCCAACCCACCUCCUGGUAGCAGCUGGCCCUUUAGCUGCCACUCCUGCAAGGAGUCCCAAAGCAGGCCCGAAAAGCAGCAGUGGCUCUUUGUUUUUAGCUCUCUCCUAUGUAUACAUGCACACAGUGAAGAGAGGCAUGCCACCACUCUUCCAUGAGUGAGUAUCCAGUUGGACAUGCUCCCUCUGGGCAGGCAAUGGUGUCUGCGGUCAUGGGGACAGGGAGCAGCCGAAGUGGGCUGAAGCCUGGACGCAUGAGGCAGGGUAGCUCAGGGCUGGGAGGAGCAAGGAGAAAGGAAGAUGUAGAAAAUGAUGGUGGCUGCAACAGCCAACAAGUGUUGCGUAGAUUGCAUGGGCAGCAGCUCUACACAGCUCUCCUGCACAGAUGACUGCACUUCAGACAACAAGCCUCUACCAGGGCAAUUGGUAUCACCAGCGGGUACCUGGAGUUUUCCAGACACCCCUGAAGCCAAGAAGGGACUAAGGACCUGCCUGCUCCUGUGCCUCUUGCCAGCAGCUUAGAUGAGGAGGCCUUGAAGUAGGCUAUCAUAUAAAGCAGGACUCUAUCUCAUCUGGUAGGCUUUGAAAAAAAGCAACUAGCCUCCCCACUUCCACCUCUUCCUGCUUUGUUUCCAUCUGGGAACCUGCUCCUGUUGGUGUGCAUUAGGCAUGGUCUCAGUGCCACCAUGUCAAAUCCUUCAAGGAUGCUAGACCAAAGAAGGCAAAAGGACAUGUAUUUCUGGAUUCUCAUCAGUUCAGGGAGCAGAGGAUACUUAGCCCAAGGAAGAUCUGUUCAAACUCAUAUUAAGGGAGUUUCAGGUACAUGUAGAAGCCAAAUGCAGCUUACCCAGGCACCUGGGAAGGUGGUACUCCAUACAGUGAGAUGAGAUGACUCCAGCGUCAGACAACAGCUGAGCAGCAAGGUUUGAAUCAUAGCUUUGGCACAAGGUGUUUUGAUGCAACCUCACCCUUGCCAUACUGGAACAAGUCCUCAGGCUGUUCAAGUUGCUAUGUUCAAGUAUCCCAACACAAUAAGGACCUUGACAAAGUGGUAUUACAGUUAAAUAAAUAGCAUCAUUUUCUGAAUGGAGCUUACUAGGCAAUAAACAGCUUAUGGCAGUGUUCUCCAGCUUUUCAGUCUUCAGAGCCCUGGACCGCUGAUUCUCCCUGGGGAAGGGGACUCUUUUGGCUUAUGACAGCACUGGAAACACAUAGCUUAUCAUCAGUGGAAAAAAAAAAAACAUUUUUCUCCAGCAUUCUUUAUUUAUUCUUUUAGCUGAAGCCACACUUUCCAGUUCAAUUUUUUUUCAAUGUAAUUACAUCUGUGACAGUCAAGGAAAUCUAUUUACCAACAUACUCAACUUUAAAAAGUGGUAAGUUUUAAGUUUAAGCAUUACAUUUUAAGGACACUCAGACUGCUCCAGGCAAACAGCUAAAUCCAAAUUUAGGGUGAGUGCCACUGUCUGUGGGAGCUCCCUUAUAGAGCUUUGGCUGGUGUUUGACCAUACUCUUCCCAGCCAUGAAUGUAGAUUAAGGGUUUUCAGUAGCUGUGGAGAAAACCUGGCUUCUUAUCUAGCUGAGAGGCUUUUCUCUCCCUGCAGUAAGAAAGCUUGAGGUGAUGUCCUUCUCUGUGUAAGGGGAUUUAAGCCAGAGGUUAGAGAUGACUGUAAUUAGAGAUGCCCACUCUCCCGUUAGUCUAAGACCCUGACGAAUCUGCACUGCAUGUCUGGUCCCACUACACCUCCUCAGCCUCUUCCUUCCACACUACUUCCACCAGGGCUUUAGGUAUUGGAGAAAAGUCUCAUCCUCCCCACCCCAGACAUUAAUUUUUUUUGCUGGCACUGCUAAGCUAAAAGAAGUCUUCCUGCCUUCCUCAUCGCUCAGCUGCGCUCAUCUCCCAUCAGCUUCUUCUCUGCCUGGCUGCUCUCUAGGAUGCAUGGUGAUGCUUUCCAACAGGCCGUUACACAUCCCCUGAGCAGUGAUUUUGCUGCUUGACCCUGCCUCUCCCUCUCACUCUGCUAGCACUCCCUGGACCAGCAACUGUGUUCAGGCUUAUGUAGAGGCUCAGGGUAUCCACACAGUAGUCAUUGGGUAGAUAAGCUUCAGGGCAGUCCCACUGAGGUUUCUAUUACAUGUAGACAUACACUAAAUUAGCAACGACAGCUCCAAAGUCCCACAGUGUCUUUUGCAAUACACAAAUAGCAUUCACAUGUAGCAGGCUAGUUCCAGGUUAGAUAUGAUAUUCUAGUCAUUGCUUGUGAAGAAACUAGUGCUGGGAUUGAGUUAUCAGAAGAAUUUCCUCUCCUCAGUUAGUCUGUUAUCUCAUUUUUGCAAACAUCUGCGGGCUCUGAUUUGUAUGCAAUUAGCUUUUGGGAUUAUGUGCUCUCUUAGGCACCUCUCUCAGUAAACUGUUCGCCUUAGCAUGGUAAAUGGACUAUUUUAGCAAACCCAACAAUUUAUGAUUCAUGUUCACUGGUAUAAACGAUGUAGAAUUACUGCAUGAAUAAAGGCAUUUUGAAAAA